AUGGGUAAUAUCGAGAGUUCCCUGACUGCAGAAGCCUCUAUGUUAACACCAAUCCCCGCAGCAGCAGCAGCACCCGCAGCAGCAGCAGCAGCAGCAGCAGCACGAGAAGAAGGGGCCCCUUCUGCUUCUUGCUGCGUGGGGGAAAGCUUUAUAUCGAGGGCCUCUGCAGUGCAGCGAGAAGCUGGUGUCCCUCUUCAGCCGCCUGCACGUCUGCCGAAGCUUGACCCUCACAGUGCUUUAUUAGGCAGGCCCCCUUCCUGUAGCCCUCCUCUCCCUGUACAAACAGCCGCAGCAAGUAUCCCUGCCUCAAUGCAGGAAGCAGAGACAGAGACAGAUGUGGGGGCCCCCAGUGCAAGCCCCAGAGAUAAAGGGGGCCCCCCCCUUGGGGGCCCCUGGGGCCCCUGGGGGCCCCCUACCUCAGCAGAUGAUAUGGAGUUGCUGUGCCCAACUCCUUAUCAAAGCCUUUCUGUAGAUCAGGGGGCCCCCGGGGGGCCCCCAGGGGCCCCCAUUGGGGGCCCCUGUUCUAUCUCUGGACGUCAGCAAUUAGAGAAGUUCAGUGAAGCUGUAGGCAGGGCUUUAGCAGUAGGGGGGGGGCGCAGCAGCAAUUGCUGUCUUGUUGCUGCUGAGAGCAGCAGCAAACACUUUGAGGUACCUCCUUCUCUUCUUGCUCUCGAUGAUCUUAUCAAAUGCAGCUUAGGGGGGCCCCCCCAACCAGGUAUUCACACUAAUAGCCCAGCAGCAGCUUCUGCCCCUAGCAGCAGCAGCGCAGCAGCAGCAGCAGCAGCAGCAGCAGCAGCAGCAGCAGCAGCAGAAGCCGAUAUGCAGCGGGGGCCCCUCACCCCCAGUGCAGCCGAAGCAAUCCAUAACCUUAAGGGGGAGGGGGCCCUAGAGGGGGCCUCAGGUGAGCGCAGCAUACGCAGUGCGGCUGCAGAGACAGCAGAGGGGCCCCUUACCUCCUUCUCUAAGCCUGGUGCUCUACCCAGCAGCAGCAGCAGCAGCAGCAGCAGCAGUAGCAGUAGUAAGGCAAAGGGGAAGGUGGAGGGGGAAGAGGGUGUCGUUACUGCUGCGGCGGCUGCAGCAGCAGCAGCAGCUGCUGCUGCUGCUGCUGCUGUCGCAGAGACUAGGGACCAGACAAGAGAAGAAAGCAAAGAAGAGGUUGAGCUGCUGCUCUCCUCUCGUCUGAUCUGCACGCACACUUCAAUCACCAGCAGCAGCAGCAGCAGCAGCAGCAGCAGCGGGGACUGUCAGCUUUACGCGCUGCAGCAGCUAUCUGCUCGCCUUCACGAGUGUUCUGAGGUCAUUGCUAGAACUUUGCUGCAGCAGGGGCCCCUUAGGGGGCCCCUUAGGGGGCCCCCAGGGCCCCCCUCUCCCCUCAACUCUACAGACACAAUAAGAGAAGUUGCUGCUGCUCUCAAGCGUCUUGAAGCCUCUAUUGAGGUGUUUUCUGCUAUACUUGCUGCAUGCAAGAGACAACUGCUGCCGGAGGAGAUGGGGGCCCCCAUAGGGGGGGCCCCCUUAGGGGGCCCCCCUUUGGGGGCCCCCUUAGGGGCCCCCCUAGGGGCCCCUGUAGGGGUCUUAGCUGGGGGGGGCCCCCUAGGCGGCCUCGGAGGGGCCCCCGAUGUGAGGGGGGCCCCCAACCUUGGGGGCCCCUUGAGUGAGUGUGUAGACCCUAAAGACAAUACCUAUAUAAAUCUGGGGCCCCCCAGCAGCACUGCGUUAAGUAGGGCUUUAAAAGAGUUCAAAGGAGACACAGAGGAGGAGGGGCCCCUAUCUCCUGUCUUCUAUUUAAGCAGAGAGGCAUUAUCACCUUCUUACAACACCAUAGAAACAAAACCAGCACUGGGGGGCCCCCUGGGGGCCCCCUUGGGGGCCCCUCCAGUUACCCUUCAACCCUCUUCGCGUGAGGGGGGCCCCCAAAGGGCCCCUCAAGUAUCACUCUUAGAAGGGGGGCCCCUAAAGGCCUCUUCCUCUACAUUGUCUCCCUAUAAGGAGAUAAACAAAUCUGCAAAAAUACAGCCCUUUACAGCUGUACCCUCAGCCAAAUCUCUCUUAGGGGGCCCCUCUAGAGGCCUCUCUAGGGGCCCCUCUGGGGGCCCCUCUGGGGGCCCCUAUGUGGGCCCCUCUGGGGGCCCCUCUGGGGGCCCUUCUGGGGGCCCCUCUUGGGGUUCUUCUAAAGCCGUUUCUCGAGGCACAAGCGGAGUGGUAUCAAGUGGGGGCCCCCAGGGGGGCCCCUGCCCCUCUGGGGGGCCCCCAGGGGGCCCCCCUGGGGCCCCUUUGUUUGGUUGUGUUGAAAGCAGCAUCUGCGGGCCUGGGGAGAGGCGAGGAGAUAAAAGAAGAAGUGGGGUGCAGGCUUUGAGGUGGGCGCGGGAUCGCUUUAUGGGGAUCGUUGUUAAUCAUAGGAAAAACAGCAGCAGCAGCAGCAGCAGCAGGAACAAACAGUGA